GGCCGGGUGUUGCCGCGCCGGGGACGCAGCGGGCCGGGCAGGAUGUCGCGCCAGGCCGGCCGCGGCACGGAGAGCAAGAAAAUGCCUGUAGUGACUGUGCUAAUCACUGGUCUGGCUGAAUGGCUCCCAGCAAAAUGCACUUUGAUUCAGUUGGUUCAGGUUGAGGAUCUGAGAACUCAGAGCUCUUCACACUGACCUAUGGUGCUCUGGUCACCCAGCUGUGCAAGGACUAUGAGAAUGAUGAGGAUGUCAACAAGCAGCUUGACAAAAUGGGUUACAACAUCGGCGUCCGGCUCAUCGAGGACUUUCUGGCGCGGUCCAACGUGGGCAGGUGCCACGACUUCCGUGAGACUGCAGAUGUCAUUGCCAAGAUUGCGUUUAAGAUGUACCUGGGCAUCACUCCAAGCGUCACCAACUGGAGUCCUGGAGGUGAUGAGUUCUCCCUGAUCUUGGAAAAUAACCCUUUGGUGGACUUUGUUGAGCUCCCUGACAACCACUCAUCUCUCAUCUAUUCCAACUUGCUGUGUGGAGUGCUACGAGGGGCCCUGGAAAUGGUUCAGAUGGCUGUAGAUGUGAAGUUUGUCCAGGACACGCUGAAGGGCGACAGUGUCACAGAAAUAAGGAUGAAGUUCAUCAGGCGGAUUGAGGACAAUCUUCCUGCUGGUGAAGAGUGACUGGCAGCCCCAGCUCCUUUGGGCCUGGAGGGGACCAUCUGGGUUUGACCUUUAGCUUUCAUCACAGAUCUGUAGGGAUCUCCUGCCCCUGUACAUUCAGACUGAGUCACUCACUGUUUAAGGUGGUGUUAUAUUCUUCUACUGUUACUCCCAUCCUCUAUAGAAGACCAUUGUCUGGUUGCUCUUUUAUUUCACAGGUUCAUUCUGAAGCUCUUUCAUAAGGUGAUGUCUCUUUCAUAUUCCCUGGGGACUCUUUCAACUCUUCCUUUCUAGUUGUGACAUUUGGUUGUGCAAGAACUACUGCUCAGAGUCUAGGAGAGCUCCAGCCCUUUCACAUCUGCAGCUGGGUUUGCCACCAGAACUGGGUACCAAGCCGUGCCAGCCCAGCGGUGCCCUGUUAAAUGCUGGCCUUAAAAAGAGGUGUUUAAAGUUAAUUUGGAGCUACACACAUAGCCUUUCUGUAGAUCAAACUGUCUUUGAUUCUGAAGUUCCCAGUAAAACACAGGCCUGACACCAAGGGGUGGUUUGGGAGAGCUGUGCUGGGUUGGGAGGCUCCUUUUCUUCAAGGGCUGUGGUGUUGUGGUGGCUUUGGCAGCACCGGGGCAGGGGCGUGGGUUCAGCAGGUCUCUGUAGCUCAACCUUUUGGCAUUUCCCCUUCCCAUCAGUCUCAGGACUCCUCCCCUCAGAAGGGGAGGCCCGUUGAACCACCCUGGAGCAGCAGUGAAUAUUUUCAGUGGAGAAAAAAGGCCAAGAGUGGCUGAAAGGCCGUUGGGGUGUGAGAGCGUGUGCGGCCCCGGGGCACGUCCAGGGGAUGAAAACCAGAACUCCCACUGACAAGGAGGUAUUGAAAUGUGUCUCAGCUAGUGGAGCCUCUUCUCCAGUUACAGUCUACAAACACUGUGUGGUGCAGAGGUGCUGCUGGGCUCUGUUCUCACAGAUGUUUGGGCUCCAGCAGAAUUUCCUGCCUUACUUGACUUGGCGAGCGGGCUGAGGCACCUGCUGCUCUGUAAAACAAACACAGAGUGGUGUUCUGUCUCCAAAGAGCAAGAUAUUGGAAAAUCAACUUCCUCUGCCAUCCUUUUCAGCCAGAACAUGCAGUCAGACACUCAGUUCUCACAUCACUUUCCAUAGCAUGAAGGCACAGAUCCACGGAGACCGUUUGGAGCUCGGCGGCUUCCACCAGCGCUGGCGGCUCCGAGACCUUUUGUGGCUGAGUGGAGGGUGAGAGAGAGAGAGCUGCUGCUUGUGCUGCUGUUCCUUCAGGUUCUCCAGGUGAAUGUUGGCUCAUCUGGACGCUUCAUCCCUUUUGGUUUGGUUCCCUUUGUUGGGAUGCUCCGUGUGCUGUGUGUCCUGGAAGAGCAGUCAGAGCACAGCACAGAGGGAGAGCGCUGGGAGGUGUUUUGGACAGAGGUGCCACACGCUGCAGAGAGAAAAUGAUCCCCCAUUUCUCCCUGUUGCCCAUUAGAGAUUGUUUAAAGCUGCAUUUUAAAAGCAAUUGCAUUAAAAGCCUCCUGGUGUCAA